UAUAGGCUGAAAGCAGCUAUGAAACUACCCAUAAAAUGGCUUGCACCGGAGACUAUAACUACCUUCACAUUUUCGUUGAAGACGGACGUCUUCAGUUACGGCGUUAUGGUUUACGAGAUAUUCUCAGAUGGGGCUGAACCAUGGGAUGGUCAUACAAAUGCCGAAGUAAAAAAAGCGGUUACAUGUUCUUGUCAAAAAUCCGGGAUCAAGAGCAACAAUGACAGAGGUAGUAAAACUUUUGCAAUCUUGCGGUGCUACAAGUGGACCGAAGUCACAGAUGUCUGA